UGUGGGGGGACACGGGGGCGGGGGGACAGGGAUAGACUGGAGGGGACCAGUCCACCCUGAUGGUGCCUGGACCAAGGACAGGGACAGACCCUGGGGAUGCGCACCUUGAUGGCGCCCCAUCAUCCCUGUCAUCAUCAUCAUCCCCACCAUCAUCCCUGACAUCAUCCUCCUCCUCAUCAUCAUCCCUGUCAUCAUCCCCACCAUCCUCAUCCUCCCCAUCAUGUCAUCAUCACCAUCCUCCUCAUCAUCAUCCCCCUCAUGCCUGUCAUCACCAUCCUCCCCCUCAUCCUCCUCCAUCCCAUCAUCCCUGUCAUCCCCAUCCCCAUCCAUCCUAUCAUCUCCGUCAUCCCUAUCCAUCCCCGUCAUCCUCCUCAUCCCCACCAUCCCUCACCCCUUUGUCCUCACCUCCUCCCCCUCCCCCUCCCUCCAGGAUGCUGUGGUCCUCCCCUCCAUCCUCCCCCUCCAGGGUGCUGUGGUCCUCCCAUCCUCCGUCCUCCCCUCCUCCAUCCUCCCCUCCAUCCUCCCCUCCAGGAUGCUGUGGUCCUCCCCUCCUGUCCUCCCUACAGGAGGCUGUGGUCCUCCCCUCCUCCGUCCUCCAUCCAGGAUGCUGUGAUCCAUUCAGGAGGCUGUGGUCCUCCCCUCCUCCAUCCUCCCUCCAGGAUGCUGUGGUCCUCCCAUCCAGGAGGCUGUGGUCCUCCCCUCCUCCAUCCUCCCUCCAGGAUGCUGUGGUCCUCCCAUCCAGGAUGCCGUGGUCCUCCCAUCCAGGAUGCCGUGGUCCUCCCCCUCCGCUGAAUCGGGGCCUGGAUUCGAACCCGCGUCUUCCGGAGGAGGGGGGAGUGGGGACGCCAUGUUCUUAGACAUUGUCGGCAGCCAUAGCCCCGCCCACCCGGAAGAGCGCGACCCAGGACUUCCGGCUAGGAGCCUGCGUGAAGCCCCGCCAAGGAGAACAAGCGCGCCACAGGACUUCCGGCGCGAGGCCCCGCCCACAAGAAAGUGCGAGCCUCGGGACUUCCGGCGUAAAACCACGCCCACCCGGAAAAUCGCCCUAGGGACUUCAGGCGCGAGGCACCGCCCACAGGGAAGAGCUUCUUCAGGACUUCCUGCGCGGGGCUGCGGCAGCCCCGCCCACCCGGAAGAGGGCGUCUCGGGACUUCCGGCGUAAAGACUCGCCCACCCGGAAGAGCGCGCCAGGGGACUUCCGGCGUGGAGCCCGAGUAGCCCCGCCCACCCGGAAGAGCGCACCCGGCUCCGGCAUGAAGCCUCCGCAGCGCCGGCGCAGGGUCCCCGCGCGGUUCGCGGUCGGCGGGGAGGAGGCGGCGGCGGCCCCCGCGGCCUGGAGCCCCCGCGAGAUGCGGCAGCUGCUGCGGCUCCUGCAGGCCCGGCGGGGGCAGCCGGAGCCUGACGCCGCCGAGCUGGCCGCGGAGCUGAGGGGCCGCAGCGAGGCCGAGGUCCGAGCGUUCCUGGAGCGUCUGAAGCGGAGGGCGCGGGCGGGCCUCGCCGGCGGCGGGGGCGGGCGGUCGGGGAGCGGGGAGCCGCCGCCGGCGCCCGUGGAGGUGUGGCUGCGGCUGACGGAGACGCUGACGGCGCCGCUGGAGGACGCGCUCGCCGCCGCCUUCGCGCAGGUGCUUACGGUGGCGGCCGUGGAGCCGCUCGGCCUCCUGCACUCGGUUCCGCGCAGGCCCACGAGGGCCCGGGGGAGGCCGAUGCCAUUGCUGCUGCCACCGGAGGACGCCGGGACAUCCGGGGCCUCCGCGAGCCCCGCCGGCCCCGCCCCCGAGCGCUCAGGCCCCACCCCCGAGCCUCCAAGCGCCGCCCCUCAGCCUCAAGACCCCGCCCCCACUCCCCCAGGCUCCGCCCCCGAGGACAGACCCGCCAUUUUCCCUUCAGGCCCCGCCCCCGCGCCUCCAAGCCCCGCCCCCGCUCCCCCAAGCCCCUCCCCUGAGGCCAGCCCCGCCAUUUUCCCCUCAAGCCCCACCCCUCAGGGCCCCUGCUCCACCUCUCAGUCCCCAGGCCCCGCCCCAGCUCCCCCAGGCCCCGCCCCAGCUCCCCCGGGCCCUGCCUCAGCUCCCCCGGGCCCCGCCCCAGCUCCCCCAGGCCCCGCCCACGCUCCCCCGGGCCCCGCCCCAGCUCCCCCAGGCCCCGCCCCGGCUCCCCCGGGCCCCGUCCCGGCCCUGCAGGCCGCAGAGAGCGACCUCUCCGUGGACUUCGAGAAGAUCUACAGGUUCCUGUCCUCCUGCUGCCGGGCCCGCCCCGACCUCAGCGCCCUCAGCGCCCUCUCCGCCGCCGAGGCGGCGUUGCUCCUGCAGCUGCUCUCCGUGCUCCCCGAGGAGCUGGCCCGCCUGCCCUGCGCGGCCGCGGCGGAGCACCUGGCCGGGGCGCACGCGCGGCUGACGGGGCCCGCGGUAGUGGGGGACGAUGCGGGGGAGGACACCCCGGCCCCCGCGGGAGGAGGGGGCGGCGGGGCCCCCGCGGGCCGGGCGCCCUGGCGCUGGGCCGGAACCUGCCCCCUCAACCCCUUCCUGCUGCCCCUGGAGCUCCUGGCCCGGGCGCCCGCCCCCGCGCCCUGAGGGGACCCGGGCCUCGAACCCGCGACGGGCGGCAGGCAGGGACUAGAACCCUGGACCCGAACCCGCGGCGGCCAGAUGGAGGAGCCUCGAACCUGGGACGGGGAUGGUGAAGCCUCGAACCCCUGACGGGCGGAUGAUGGGGCCUUGAACCCGGGAUCGGCGGAGGGUGGAGCCUCCUCCAGUCCUGGACUCGAACCCCCGACGAUGGAAGGAGGAGCCUCCUGGCCUGGACUUGAACCCCUGACGAUGGAAGUUGGAGCCUCCUGGCCUGGACUUGAACCCCUGACGGGCAGAUGAGGCCUCCUGGCUCGGACUCGAACUCCCGACGGGCGGAGGGUGGAGUCUCGAACCCCCGUUCCCUCCCCCAGUAAAGCCGUCGCCUCGCUGGCCGUGA